AUCGAGGUGAAGUCUGCAGAUCAGUGCAUGAUCGAAGAACAAGCGGUGUUCUUCCCUUCCUCUUCCCUUCACAGCUUCAGACAGUCAGUUCUCGCACUUUGUGUGGCAGAACGGAGGGCCGCAGCCUCAGGAACGGAGCCUGCGGAUCUUCUCUAGCUAACUGUAUUUGGACGCGGCCGCUCUGUUUUUGUCAUCUAGUCGCAGCUUUGUAGCCUGCCUCUCCUUGGACUUGAGAGACACAAAAGGUAGCAAACGGCAGAGGCGCCUUCCGGGCGUUCAUCGGUUGUGUUCCUUGGCAGAGCGCGCACAGUUCUGGUUGAAAAACAAUCUCUGGGGCAUGUGUCCCAGAAGCUGCUGCAGCUUUUUAGUUUGAUAGCAGUUCCACAACUGACUAGAGUGUGCGCUCCACAAGAACCACGGUCAUGGCGGACAAGAAGGUGAUUGAGCUGGAGCAGGGAUGGGCGUUCAUGAGGAAGGGAAUAACGAAAUUGAAGAACCUGCUAGAAGGGAUCCCGGAGGAGCAGUUUAAUUCAGAGGAGUACAUGAUGCUGUACACGACUAUCUACAACAUGUGCACACAGAAGCCACCCCAUGAUUAUUCCCAACAGCUCUAUGAUCGGUACCGAGAAUCGUUUGAAGAGUACAUCGCCCAAAUGGUCAUGCCAGCAUUGCGUGAAAAGCACGACGAGUUUCUGUUGAGAGAGCUGGUCAAAAGAUGGGACAACCACAAAGUAAUGGUCCGAUGGCUUUCUCGGUUCUUCAACUAUCUGGACCGUUACUUCGUCACUCGCCGCUCGCUCCCAAUCCUGAACGAUGUUGGGCUUAUCUGCUUCCGGGACUUGGUGUACUCAGAGAUGAAGGUUAUUGUGAAGGAUGCUGUCAUUGCGCUGAUUGACAGGGAACGGGAAGGAGAGCAAGUCGACAGGGCGCUUCUCAAGAACGUACUGGGGAUCUUUGUCGAGAUUGGCAUGAGCUCAAUGGAUGCAUAUGAGCAUGACUUUGAGGUUGCGCUCCUGGCUGACACGGCGGAAUUCUACAGCAGAAAGGCUUCCACAUGGAUUGUAGAUGAUUCGUGCCCGGACUACAUGCGGAAAGCUGAAGAAUGCUUACGGAAGGAGAAGGAGAGGGUGGGGCACUACUUGCACCAAAGCAGUGAAACCAAGCUGCUCGAGAAAGUCCAACACGAGCUUUUGACAACAUACGAGAAUCAGCUACUGGAGAAGGAGCACUCAGGAGCUCAUGCUUUGCUGCGCGAUGACAAGACGGAAGACCUGUCCAGAAUGUACCGGCUCUUCAGCAGAGUUCCAAAGGGCUUGGAGCCUGUGGCUACCAUCUUCCGCCAGCAUGUUACUGACGAGGGCACUGCGCUUGUGAAGCAAGCAGAGGACGCUGCGGCAAACAAAAAGGCGGACAAGAAGGACAUCCCUGGGACCCAGGAACAGCUGUUUGUGCGGCAAACCCUCGACUUGCAUGACAAGUACCUGCAUUACGUCGGCGACUGCUUCAGCAACCACUCUCUAUUCCACAAGGCUCUGAAGGAAGCUUUCGAGGUCUUCUGCAACAAGGGCGUCGCUGGAAGCACGAGUGCAGAGCUGUUGGCGACCUUCUGCGACAACCUGCUGAAGAAGGGCGGCAGCGAGAAGCUGAGCGACGAGCAGAUCGAAGACACGCUCGAGAAGGUGGUCAAACUACUUGCGUACAUCAGCGACAAGGACCUGUUCGCCGAAUUCUACAGGAAAAAGCUGGCCCGACGACUGCUGUUCGACAAGAGUGCAAACGACGACCACGAGCGGAGCAUCCUCACGAAGCUCAAGCAGCAGUGCGGGGGGCAGUUCACGUCGAAGAUGGAGGGCAUGGUCACGGAUUUGACGCUAGCGCGCGAGAACCAGGCCACAUUUGAGGAGUUUCUGUUGGAGUACCCCGCAAAGCAUCCGGGCAUCGACCUCACGGUCACUGUCCUCACCACUGGCUUCUGGCCCAGCUACAAGUCGACGGACCUGGCUCUGCCUGCGGAGAUGGUGAAGGGCGUGGAGGUGUUCAAGGAGUACUACGAGACGAAGACGAAGCACCGGAAGCUGACGUGGAUCUACUCGCUGGGCACGUGCAACCUGCUGGGCAAGUUCAAGCAGCGCGACAUCGAGCUCGUCCUGACGACGUACCAGGCGUCCGUGCUGCUGCUCUUCAACGCGGCGGACAGCCUGAGCUACUCGGACAUCAAGAGCCAGCUCAACCUCACGGACGAGGACGUCAUCCGGCUGCUGCACUCGCUGUCGUGCGCCAAGUUCAAGAUCCUGUCCAAGACGCCCAACGACAAGACGAUCAGCCAGAACGACACCUUCGCCUUCAACCCAGCCUUCACCAACCCGCUCAGGAGAGUCAAGGUUCCCCUUCCCGCCAUGGACGAGAAGAAGAAGGUCAUUGAGGACGUGGACAAAGAUCGGAGAUACGCCAUCGACGCGUCUAUCGUGCGGAUCAUGAAGAGCAGGAAGGUGCUGGCUCAUCAGCAACUGGUGCUAGAAUGUGUGGAGCAACUCGGACGCAUGUUCAAGCCCGACUUCAAGGUCAUCAAGAAGCGCAUCGAAGACCUCAUUUCGCGGGAGUACCUGGAGCGGGACAAGGACAACCCGAACAUGUUCAGAUACCUCGCGUAAUGGUCAGGGUAUGGGGAGUGUCUGUAGUGAUUGACAAAUCGAAGCUGCGCAAUUGUAUUUUGAUCUCGCAAUAAACAACAAAGUCACAUAGCCAACUGGUCUUUACAAGCACGGACAUGCAAUGUUGGCACCCCGCGGAUCAGUGGUCACCCAAGGCAGGCUGCCUCGGUGGCUACCCGGCGGCGGGCGAUCCUGCUUGGGCCAGCCCAACCGUGACCGUGCUACAGAAGCUCAUCAAUCUGCCA